GGAUAGCGUGCGCAAAGACCAACUGCUGCGUACUGCAUGCACUGUAAGCAGAAGGCUUAUAGGCUCUGUUCACCGCCUCGCAACACCGAGUCUGCCUGCUGAGCGUGGCGCGCCGAAUGCCCGCCAAAAUGACUUCCCUCCUGAGCGCGGAGCUGGCGCUUUCCGCCCCGAAUUAGCUCUGUUAUGAACAUAGGACGCUCAUGGAAAAGCAAUUCGGGGAAGCAAUUUGGGACGUCCAUGAGGCGCUCAAGGACUUUUUGGAGGCCUGCGAGCGCAAGCCAGUGCAGGUGCAGUCCGCCUCGCAGGAGGCCUGCGGUGCAUUACUGUGCUUGCGCGCCUUGACAGCCGAGCCGGGCAGCGCCGAUGCGGCCGCUAGUCCUGCUGUUGCUGCCAGCGCGGCCAGCAGUGGCUCGCCACUGCCGGAGGAGGGCCUCCAAUGCAUUUUGGAGGUCAUCAUCAAACCAGCGGCCGCGCGCGUGCUGGACCCAACACUGCCAGGUGCGGCGGCGGCAGCCGGCACAGCCGACACACGCCGCCGUGCCGCUGCCGUCAUGGAGGUGCAGCUGGCCUUUGUGGAGCUGGUGCGCUGGCUGCACCGCUCCUCCCGCGCGCUGGCGGGACACGACGCCAUCAUGGGCAAGACCAUGGCCAUCAUAGCUCAGCUGGUGGAGUACCCCUACUGGUACGGCCUGGUGGACAAGUCGAACAAGGAGGACUAUGAGGCGCGCAAGGCUGCGAAGAAGGAGCUCACCAAACGGCUGGCAGUGCCGCCGCCGGACAAGCACCCUCUGGCGCGCAAGCACAAAACGCUCGUACCCGCCGCCAGCACGGCAGUGCCCAGCGCCAGCGCCGAGGGCACAGCAGGAGCCGCAGCUGGCAGCAGCAGCAGCAGCAGCAACAGGAGCAGCGGGCCAGUCCACUUCUUCCCGUACCUCAUGGGCAUUUUGAUGGCGGUGCCGCGACAGAGCCCCGAGAGCCGCGCCACUGCCGCCUGGCUGGCUGUUGAGCUGCUGCGCUGCGCCGACCCCAAGGUCCAGGCCGCGCUGGCACCACCACCGCCUUCGCUUUCACCUUCCCCCGCAUGGGCAUUGGUGCCGCCGCCGCCCAGCCUGGGUGACCUGGACUGCUGGGCGCCGAUGUGGCGGAUGUGGCUCGACCCACAUGUGGCCGUGGCUGUGGGCGCCGGCAGCUUCCCGUUGCCGGCCGACCCAGAUGGACUACUGUACGGAGGCGAGGUAGCACUGCCGAUGAGCGUGUCGGCGAAGCAGGAGGUCACAGUGACGUGGUCGGACGGCACCGAGACGCGCCAGCCAGCGGGGCCCGGCAGGCGCUUGGCGCGCGACGCCCAGCGGCUCGCCUGCUGGGAGGCGCUGGUGCAGGCGGCGCUGGGCGCGGUGCUGCAGGCCUCGCAACCAGCAGGCGUAGACGCUAGCACAGAGGGCAUUGCAGAGGCGCCCAUCCUGCGGAGCCUGGCGGCAGAGCUCGCCGCGCUGCCAACACCGCCGACCCAGAUCGGCGACAGUGCGGCUGCUGCGGCGACAUGCAAUGACUCUGGUAGCCUGGAGAAGCCGGAGCAAGCGCAGCCUGCAGCCUUGGCCCGGGUUCGCCGGGAGCAUGUGCUCUCAGCCCUGGUCUCCUGCCUGCUGCCAUUCCUGACGGGACAGCGCCUGGCCGUAGCUGCGCAUGUGCUGACGGAGUUGCUGCCCGCAGCCGCGCCGUGGCUUGCGGGGGAGGUGGUGACCCUGUAUGGGGAGAUAACCGAGGCGGCAGCGGCGGCGCGGGGCCGUGCAGCGUCUGGCGUCAGCGUGCCCAUGCCGAUGGUGCUGCUGCGCGCUCCGGCCGUUAUGCCAGAGGUAUCCGCGAUGAUGGAGCUGUGGGCGGCGCAAGGGGCCCCGUUCCACCACCAGUGGGUGCCGCGACUGCUUACUGCUCUUCUGGGGCCUUUGGCGGCAGCGGAUGCGCAGCAGCGCAGCGCAGCAGCGACAGCCCCGGUGCCAGGCGCGCAUGCCAGCGUGUAUGCGCUGCCGCUGCUGCUGCGGUCCGCGCUGAUGAGCCCCGCCAUUGCCCUGGGCUGCCUGACGGUGGAGGCUCUGGACGAGCUGUUGCGGCUCUGCAGCACCUGGUCCCCAUCUGCCUCAACAGCUGCUGCGGCCACACCUGCAGCAGCCACAGAGAAUGUUUGCCCCGCCGCCAUGCUGACGGAGCUGCUGUGUGCCAUCGCCGCCACAGCCGCGUCUGAUUCCGGCCCGCCGGUCCCCAAGGAGCACCGAGCCAAGGCCGUGGCAAUCCUGCUGCACGCAGUGUGCGCUACCGCCUCGGACCCAGCCGCCAGCAGUUCCGCUGCCGCGGGCGGCGCCGUGGGCGGCGCCAGCGCAGACGCUGCGGGCAAGCAACAGCUGCUGACGGUGGCGCUGGUCCAGGUGACGGCCGACAGGAGCGCAGUGGAGGAGUGGCAAGGCAGCCUGCUGGCCCCCACCGCACCUGGCCAGCAGUCCCCUGCUAGUGCAGCCACCGCCGCAGAAGAGGUGGCGGCCGUGCUGGCGACUGCGGCCGCCGCCGCGCUGGCUCCCGGCAGCUUUGGGACCUCCAGCAUACACGGAGCCGCUGCCGCCGCAGCCGUGACCGGCGAGACCGCGACGCUGCUGUUACGUGCGUCGCGGGCUCUGGCGGCGGGGCCGCUGGCACUGUCUCUGCGCCGCGCCCUGGUCGCGCAUAACCAAGCUGUGGCGCUGUCCUCCCUGCAGCACCUGCUAGACGCUGCACUGAUGGACCGCGCUAGCAUCAGUGCCGCUGCGGUGUCCGACCUCAUUGUGCCGCUCAUGAUGCAGCUGUGCGGCGCCGCCACGUUGCUCCCCUCCGCGGCGGUGGCGGCCUCGCCGCAUGUGCCGCUACCUCCUACAGUUCGGACGGCCGUGUUGCGCCUUCUCGCCCCCGAGCAGCUGCCGGCGGUGGUGGCGGCAGGCGCGUCGCUGGGUGGCGUGGAGCUGGAAGGCUGGGUAGCGGCUGUGCUGGCGUCUGCCUUGCCUACCGCCGUGGACGCUGGCGAGCGGUCGCACCUGCCCGUGGGAAUGGCGGCGGCUGACUUCUUUGAUGCUGUAAUCCGCGUCUGCAGCGGCGAGCCAGGUGCUGGCGGGCUGGCUGGCACACGGGCGUCUGCCCUAGGUGCCGCGGCGCAUCUGGCGACGAUGGCGCGUGUACUCUCGCACUGCCCCAGCCCCUGGAGCCCCUCCACCAGCUCGCAAGCAUCGGCUGAUGCGAAUCAGCAUUUGCAAGUGGAUACCACCAGCAACGGUGCCGGCAGCAGCUCUCGGUGGAGGUGCCUGGACAGCAGCCUGCCGGCGCUGGUGCGGCUGCGUGCCACGUCGACGUCACGGGACGUCCAGCGCAGCUGCUGUGAGCUGCUAGUGGUGCUGCUGCAGCUGGGCGAGAGCGAUCGGCAAGCGCUGAUGCGCCCAUGGAGCAGCGGGUGGAUUCCGCCCACAGCCACUACUGAAGCCGGAGCGAAGUGCGGCCCCAGCAAUGGUGCGAACAGCGCAGCAGCCGGCGGCAGCUCUGCUCCCUUCCUGUGUGCCGAGACUGGCCAGCGCAAUCGCCAGCUGCCCCCCGUGGUCCGCAGUGAGGAUUUCGAUCUGGCUCUCGCCACGCUGCAGGCGCAGAUGCUACAGCCGUCGGCCACGGCGCCAGCAACCGCUGCCCAGCAGGACGGUACCGCAUCGUCGGCACGUGUGCCGUCCGACCUGAUUCUCACACCCACCACCCAGCGCAAUGUGCAGCUCAUCCGGGAGGCCGCGGAGUCGGGCGUUCCUCUGCUGCUGAGCGGCGACACGGGCGUGGGCAAGACCGCCACUGUGGCGCACGUGGCUGCCAGCCUGGGCCGCAAGCUGGUGCGCUUCAACCUCAGCUCAAAGGUGACGACGCAAGACCUGAUCGCGCGGCCGCUGCUCAAGGCCAAGGCCAUCAACAGCGGUGUGCAGGGCGGCGGCCAGGAGGAGGAGCUGGUGAUGGAGCUGCAGCCUUUCGCCGCCGCCUUCAGCCAGGGCCACUGGCUGCUGCUUGAUGAAGUCAACCUGGCGCCUGACCAAGUGCUGGCGGCGCUGGAGCUUCCGCUGGACCGCGGCGUGAUGGAGGUGGGCAGCGCCUCCGCGGGCGAGGCGGCGCAGGCGGGGGCCGACGCCACCAUCGUGCUCCGCCGCCACCCCGACUUCCGCCUCUUCGCAACUCAGAAUCCAGGCGCAGGGCUGUUCAAGGACAAGCGCGAGCAGCUGUCGAGCUCCUUUCUGGGCCGCUUCCAGCCCGUCACGUUCCAGGCUUUGCCCGACGAGGAGUGGCAGACGGUGGUGAGCGCCCGCCUGCAGGCUGCGGGCGUGGCACCCGGCCUGAGUGAGGCGUGUGCGGAGGAGAUGGUCAAGGUGCACAACACCCUGGCGGAGCUGCACCAGGGUGCCAGCGCCUUCGCGAAGACCACCAUCCGCGAGCUGCUGAGGUGGACGGACGCGGUCGCGCCGCGCCUGGCCACUGACCCCGCUCCUGGCGGCGCAGCGCUGGCGCAGCUGCUCAGUGAGGCAGCAUACGUCGUCUACGUCUCACGUCUGCGCAGCGAGGAGGCGCAGGCGGCGCUGGUGCGGGCGCUGCCGGACGCCGAUCACGUCAGCCAGCUGUUCCUUUCGGGCUCGGGUCACGAUCUGGAGGUCAUCCUGCACGCGCUGUUCGGCAACAGCUGCAACACUACUAGCAACACCCAGCACGGCUCCAGCGAGGCCCAGCCGUCGGAGGAGGAGCACGCGGCGCUGCUCAGCGCUGCGGCCAGCGCUCGGGAAGCGGCUGCGGCGCGGAUUGCAGCUGCAGGUGCGGCCGGAGGCGGGGAUGACAACUUGCCCAGCCAGCACCAGCAAGCAGGACUGGUGGAGGCGUUGGCGCUGCUGGGGCAGGAGGUAGUGAUGGAGGGCGCACUGGUCGCGCACGUGACUGCGCGCACUCUUAUGCGAAAGCCAGCCUUCCUGCGUGCAUACGGCGCGUACCGUGCCGCUGACCGCCCACUGUGGCAGCAAUGGGUGGAGGAGGGAACGGCCGCGGCCGCCGCCAGAGCUGGAGCCCUCGCCCGUUCCAGCGACGCCGACUGCGGCAUCAACCAGGCCGCAGUCCUCGCCAGCUUCUUUGACGUGGGGCUAAAGCUAUAUGCGCGGCAGCUCCGCGGCAAGACGGCGCGGCAGGAGCUUGUUCCGGUGUUCAGUGACGCGCUCGCGUCCGCCUGCAGCGCCGCCUGCCCCCUGGAUGUGGCCGAGUCGGGCGUCCCGCCGCUCAGCAUCGAGGCGCUGGCGGCCGAGCCAGGCGCGCAGAAGCCCUUCGCUAUCACGGCGCGUGUGCUGCGGAACUGGUCGCUCAUGCUGCCGGCCUUCGCAGCUGCCGAGCCGCUGCUGGUGACCGGCGCUGACGGUUGCGGCAAGAGUAGCUGCCUGCGGGCGCUGGCGCACCUCACCACGGCACUUCAGUACAUCAACCUUACCCCAGAGUCGGAGCCGAGCGAGCUCAUAGGCCAGUACCUGCCGGUAGAUGGAUCCGCCACCAGCGCUGCCGCUGCAGAUGGCAACGGCGGCGGCAGCAUCCGCUGGUUCGACGGCGCCGCCACCCGCGCCUGCCGCGACGGCUGCUCGCUGCUGGUGGACAACCUCGGCGCGGCGGAGGCGACCGUACUCGAGCGCCUGAACCCGCUGCUGGAGCGGCCUCCGGUGUUGGUCCUCACCGAGCGCGGCGACGCCGAGCCGCUGGCUGUGCAGCCCGGCUUCCGCUUCAUGGCCACACUGACGCCGCCGCCGCAGCGGCACGGCGGUGCCACCGGUGUGGCCGGCGCGGGCGAGGAGCUGUCGCCGGCGCUGGUGAACCGGCUGUCGGUGGUGCACCUGCCGGACGUGAUGGACGCGUUCGAGCCGCACUUUGCGACAGAGGUGCAGCAGAUCUGUGCGGUGCUGUGCGGCGGCAGCGACGGUGCGCGCUGGAGUGCGGACGGGCCGCAGGCAGACGCGGCGCUGGGUGCCGAGCUGUGCGUGCUGCUUCGUCGCCAGCUGCGCGGCGGCCAGGCGUCCUCGCUUGCGGCUGCGUUGGGUCCUGCGACACUGACCCUGGGCGUACUGGUGCGGCUACUGGACCUGGCGUAUGCCUUGACCCUGCGGCAUCACGUGUGCUUCGCCCAGGCCCUGUGGCUAGCCUACUCCGCCACUCUGGGCGGUUCCGUGCACUCCACCAAUGCCGGCAGCAUCUCAGCAAGCGGCGGUAUGCAGGCCCCCGACGCGGUGACGGCCGCUGUGCGCGAGCUGCUGCUGUCCAAGGUGCCGGCUGACGAGCGCCACCUGCUGGACCCGGGCAUGCUGUUGUUUGGCAUGGCCUCGGAGGCAGCAGUGGCCACGGCAGGCGCCGCUGGCGCGACGGCCGCGGCGGAGCCGCUGGUGCUGCACCACCACGUCCUGACUCCAUCGCGCUGCGCGCACGCCGCGGCGCUGGGUGACAUGCCUGGAGGCAGCGAGAGCACCAGCGUGCAGGACUACUUGGGCACAUUCCUUCCCAGCUCCGGAGGUGGUGAAGAGGGCGCUAGCAGCAGCUGCACGUUCCGCGAGGGCCCACUGCUGCAGGCGCUGCGUCAGGGCGCCUGGUUCCUGGCUGACGAGCUGAACCUGGCUCAGGCAGGCGUGCUGAGCCUGCUGGCGCCCCUGCUGGAGGGGCUGGGCUUCGUGCAGGUGCCCGGAACGGACCGCGUGGUGGCGGCGGCGCCGGGCUUCUGCUUCGUGGCCACCCAAAAUGCGGCACACGGCGGCUAUACAGGCCGCCAGCCGCUGCCUUCCGCGCUGCGCAGCCGCAUGGUGGAGGUGCAGGUGCCCGACUUUGCGAGAGAGGAGCUGCCGGAGAUCAUCCUGCGGCGCAGCGAGUUGCUGGCGACUACAGCUGGCGGCGGGUGCAACAGGCGCCUGACGCCGGCUGAGGCAUCCCAACUGGCCGAGCUGUACUUCGCGCUGCGCGACACGCCGCAUCGCAUCACCAUGCGUGAGCUGAUCAAGAUCCAGCGCCGCGCAGAGCGGGCUGGUGCGCCGCUCUCCGCCGCUGCCGCCAGCCUGUUGACCAGCCGCGUGCCGCAUGGCUCCGUCCCCGCAGCGACCCUGCACAAGCUUCUGACGGGCAUUACCGGCUGGCAGGGCCUUGCGGAGAGGCUGCAGCAGCUGUCCUACACGAUGGAGCAGCGGGGCCCGGACGUGGUGCUCAGUGACGGCCUUAUCUCGUUGACCGUGCCGGGCGCGGACCUCAGCCGCAGCGCGCUGAAGGCGGCCAUUGCAGCCGCUGCGCCCACUGCGUUGGCAGGCGGCAGCAGCGGGGCGGUGGUCAGCAGCAUUCCCGCCACCUUCAUGCGGCACCUAGUCCAGCUGGGGCUGGCGGCGGCGUGCGGCGAACCGGUGCUGCUGUCAGGGCCAACCAGCUGCAAGUCGGAGCUGGUGGCGGCGUGGUGCGACAUCAUCGGCCGCGGCGAGGAGCUGCUUGUGGAGCACCUCACUGCAGACACGGACGCCUCUGACCUCGUGGGACAGCUACAGCCCUUCUCAACCGCCGAGCUCAUCAAGGAGCUACCGGUUGUGGCCCACAAUGCGCUGCUGCGCUCCACGGCGCUGCUGCGCCCGUCUGGCAAUAUUAGCGACGGGGUGCGUGAGGAUCUGACAGAGCUGCAGCAGCACAUCAGCCAGCACCUGCGCCCUGCCACCGAGCAGUGUGGGAAGCAGCUGGCCGAGUGGCUGCGCAAGCUAUCGCAGUCGUCGCUUAGGCGCGACCGCGCUCAGCCUGGCAGCGAUACGACUGCAGAUGGCGCAGCGCCGAAGGAGGCCGGGCGCAGCCGGCGCAGCUCGAGCGUUGCUGACUCAGAGAGCCAGAGCACGAGCGGAGCCAGCACUCCCCUGCGCCAGGCACACGGUAGCGGCGCAGCUGCUGCCGCCAUGCCUGUGACUCUGCUCACUGCGGAUGCGCUGGCGGCAGCCAAGGCGCGCCUGGCUGCCGAGGCGCCCGAGCUGGCGGUGCAGGCGUCAGCCUAUGACAAGGACACAGCAGCCGGCGGCAACGCGGCGCCCAAGUCAAUUAGCAGCUCGGGGCCCGUGUCUCCGCAGCAGGGCGGGGACGGCUGGGUAAAGCUGGGCCACGAGGGCAGCAGCGAUGACGAGGCUGACCUGGACAAGUGGUUUCGCGGGCGCCAGCACCCGGCAGCGGCAGCGGCGGGUGCUGCUACGGAUUGCCAGCGCAGGAGUUCAAGCGGCGGCAGUAGCAGCAGUAGCAGUAGCGGUGCCAGCAGCUGGGCGGAGGACGAUGAAGACAGCGGCGUGCAGCGGCGAGUAAACUUGGAAGACCUGGAGGCAAUGAGCGACGACAGCGACUAUGCUGCGAGUGACGGACAGCCCCAGGCCCCUGGCCAAUGUCAGCCUGGCGCUGUACCACAAGGCGGAAGCGGCAGCUCAGAGGACGGCAAUGACAGCGACAGCGGCAGUGACAGCGUCAGCCGGAUCAACAGCAUCAGCGCAACCGCCGUCAUUGUGGGCGAGGACAGCUCCUCAGAUGACUACGAGCUCCCGACGCCGCCCGAGCGGGAGCCGGAGGCAGCUGCUGGCCCGCUACCGUCAGACCCUGCACCAGCUGCGGAUACUGCAGCAGAGCCAGAGACGGCGCCGGCGGCAGCAGGGCCUGUAUCAGACACGGACGCACCCGAAGACCAGCCGUCCGCAGUGCAGAUCCUGGCGAAGCAGCUGGCUCAGCUCGAGGGUGGGGCCCUGUUCUGCCACCAGGACCGCCGGAGCCCCCGCGCCGCUGCUGAGCCCUUCAAGGUGCCUGAUGAGCUGCAGCGGGCCGUGGGCGCAGUCCUGGUGCUGUUGCAGCGCGUGGCAGAUGCGCUGCCGCAGCCGGAUGCAGAGCUACUAGGCAUGCUGCGGCGCCUGCAGGCGGCUUGGGAGAUGGUGCAGGGCGCAAUCGCCGCCGCUAACGCAGCAGUCGCAGCGGCGCGCCUCGCCGGCGGCCGCGGUGAUGGCGGCGGCAACAUGGCGGCCACAGUGCUGGCGCGGCCCAUCUUCCUGUUCAAGGACGGCUCGGUGACCAAGGGCGUGCAGUUGGGCCGGCCGCUGCUGCUGGAGGACUAUGACGCGCCCAGCCCGGCCGUCACGGAGCGCAUCAACCCGCUGCUAGAGACGGAGCCCACGCUGACGGUGUCGGAGGACGUGACCGCGGACGCGGGGGGGCGCCCCGUCGCCGUGACGGCCAGCACCCAGGUCUUCGCCACCAUGCACACCAGCAGCGGCGGCGGCAGCCGUGGUGGCAAGAUCAGCCCCGCCACGCGCUCGCGUUUUACAGAGGUGGUGGUGUCGCCGUACGAGGACGCCGAGCUGCGCAUGUUGGUGGAGCGGCGGUUCCACGCCACCGGGAGCAGCCGAGGCGUGGACGCGGCGCUGGCGGUCCCCGUGGCGGAGAUGAUGUUUGAGGUGCGGCAGGUGAUGAAGGGCAGCCGCUGGGCCCGCCGCGGCAGCGACCUGCGCGCGCUGCUGAGCUGGGCGGAGCUGGCUGCGCAGCUAGUCGGCACGCCGCGCGCUGCCGUGGCGGCUGCUAGCACGUCCGGCAGCGGCAGGGCCAGAGCUGCCUCCCGGCAGCCGCAGCCUGGCGGCAACAGCUACGAGCUGGCGGUGCUGUGGGCCGCCCGCUUCUCCUACCUAGAGCACCUGACGGACCUGGCUGACGUGGCAGAGGUGCUCAAGGCCUGGUGGGCGCGCAAGCAGCAGGCCCACGCAAUACCCGCGGUUUACAUGGCCGUGGCAGAGCCGCCGCCGCACCUGUCGGACCUGGCGGCGGCGGAGUACGAGAGCCCAAUCCUGCUCACGCGCGACCCGCUCCAGCCCGCGGCGAAGAGGCUGCAGUUGGCCUACACCGGCCUCAGCGUGCCGCUGCCGUCUGCAUCCGAGGAGCCGGCGUCCAAUGGAGCCGUAGCGCCGCCGCAGUCGCAGGAGGAGGUGGCGGCGCGGCUGCGGCUGACGACUACGCCCUCGCUGCUGCUCAACCUGGCCAGCGUUUUUGCGGCGCUGAUGUCUGGCGCGCCGCUCCUCAUGGAGGGGCCGCCCGGCAUUGGCAAGACCGCCAUCAUCGAGCAGGUGGCUUUCCUGGUGGGCGUGCGCUGUGAGCGCAUCAACCUGAGCGCCAGCACCACGCUGCAACAGCUGCUGGGCGGCUUCACGCCGCGGAUGCAGGGUGGCGUGCGCGUGUUCAGCUGGCAGGACGGCAAGCUGCUGCAGGCGCUGCGCCGCGGCGACUGGCUGCUGCUGGAUGAGCUGAACCUGGCACCGCCCGAGGUGCUGGACGGCGUGGCGCCGCUGCUGCACAGGGACGCCUCGGACUUUGUGGUUCCGGUGACUGGCGAGCGCGUGCCGGUGCCGCCCGGCCUGCGCGUGUUCGCCACCAUCAACCCGGCCUCCAUCGGCGGAGGCCGCAACCAGCUGCCGCGCUCCAUCUCGGGCUUGCUGACGCGCGUGCGGCUGGCGGCGCCCUCCGACUCAGAGCUGAGCGCCAUCACGCUGGCGGUGUUCGCGGGCUGCAUCGGGGGCGGCCUCAUCCGCACCGACCACGUGGCCGCGGUGUUCCGGGUGCACCAGGAGGUGGUGAGGGCCAUGGCGGAGCGCAGCCUGGGCCGCGGCGGCGGCGUGCACCCCUUCAACCUGCGCGACAUCAUCAAGACGAGGGAUGUACUGGUCCGCAUCAUGCGAGAUCAGGAGGCGCACUACGGCUUGCGGCUGGGAGCGCAGGCGCCGCAGCAACGCAGCAGUGCGGGCGGCGAGAACGAUGCCAGUGCAGGUGAUGACGACGCUGCCCCAUCAGCAGCGCCUGAUGAGUUGCUGGACGUGGAGGGCGUCAAGACAGCCACGUUGCGCAGGGUGCUAGACAUCGUGUAUGCCUCGGCCUUCCCGGAGCUUGCGGACCAGCAGCGUGUGCGGGACCUAAUUGCGCAGCACUUCAGUUACGGCAUGGCCAGCAGCAGUAAGACGGGGCAGUUCCCAGUCUCCACGACCGGCAACCAUAGCGAGGAGCCGCCGGCCAUCGACACCAGCGUGCCAGGCGUUGUGCGCAUGGGCAGCAUCUACAUGGAGCGUGGCGACGAAGCCAGCUCCACGACGCCGCUGGUGCACACACCUGGCACCCUGCAGCGGCUGGAGAUGCUGGCGGCCGCCACCCGCAGCGGCCGCACGGUCUGCCUGGAGGGCGACACCGCCAGCGGCAAGACAUCGCUGGUGGCGGAGCUGGCGCGGCUGGCGGGCAUGCGGCUGCGAAUCGUGCCCAUGACCGCGGAGUCGGAUGUGGCGGACCUCAUCGGUAGCUGGCUGCCUGCGCGCGAGGGAGCGUGCGAGGCGGAGGAUGGCGCGCUUGCGGGCGUGACGUCUCUGGCGGCUGGACUGGUGCGGCUGGCGCUAGCGGACGUGCUGCCGGCGCUCACGGCAGCCACUGCAAAUGCCGUUGCCGCUGGAGAGAACCCAGACACGGUCCACAGCACACGCGUGCAGCAUCUUGCCAGCCUGCGAGAGCAGCUUCUGGUCCCACUGGGACUGCUGUUGGCGGACCCCAUAGUUGUGGAGGCCCUGGCGGCAGAGCCGAACGAGCAGCCACAGCAGCCACGGCCACAGCACCCAGCAGCAGCCCGCAGCGCCUCAGCAUCACCUGAUGCGGCCGGGCUGCAGCGGUUGCUGAGCAACUGCCACGAUUUGCUUGAGGCCGCAAUUGAGGUCCGGCACUGCCCUGAGACGCUACCCAUCGCCAGCAGCCUAGCCACCAGCCUAAGCCGUCUGAGCAAUAAGCUACUCAAGUGCGACCGUUGCGUUGCGGAGCUGCGUCAAGCGGAGAGGGGGGCUGAGGCGUCUGCGGCCUCGCCCUCUGGCGGCGUUGGCCGGCGGCAGCACGCGGGCGGCAUGGCGUUCCGCUGGGUGGAUGCGUCACUGGUGCAGGCGCUCAAGAGCGGGGAGUGGGUGCUGCUGGACAACCUAAACAGCGCGCCGCCGGAGCUGGUGGAGCGACUGAACAGCCUGCUGGAGGACAGCCCCUCGCUCAACGUGUACGAGCACGCCGACGGCGAGGUGUUCUCCGCAGCUGCCGGCACCAUCCACCCGCGCUUCCGGCUCUUCACAACCGUGAACCCGCGGCGGCCGCUGUCGCACAAGCUCUCCAGCGCGCUCUACAACCGUGUCAUCCGCAUCUGCCUAGCGCCGCUGGACGCCGGCCUCACACCCGCCAACGCCGGCAGUCACGAGCUGACGGCGCUGCUGCGCGGCCGCUUCGCCGGUCUGCCGGGCGGCGCGGAGCUGGCGGAGCUGAGCGUGCGCUACCAUGCCGCCAUGCUGGCGCUGGUGGGCACGGGCGCGGUGCAGGUACUGCAGGACUUUCGCCUCACGCCGCGCAACCUGCUCCAGGCGGCUGGGCCCGUGGCCGCGCGCUGCGCUAGCAUCGGCAGCCCUGUGCCGCCCGCAACCAGUCCGGGGUCGGCUCCAGCAGCCAGCGGCGCUGCCCCGCAUGCCAACCCGGUGCAGUCGCUGGUCGUGGGCUUGACGCGCAGCUACACCAGCUCCAUCAGCUGUCUGACGCAGCGCGGCGUGGCGCUGCAGGCAUUGGCGGGCGCCCUGCAGCAUCCGUCGCUGCGAAAGCCGCUGUACGAGGUCCCAACUGCGCCUGCCGCUGACAGUGGCACGGCCUCGGCGCUAGAAGCAGACGUGCAUCGCGUGUCGGACGCUGUGGCUAAGCUGCAGCAGCGGGCGGCGGCGAUGCUGUGGUCACUGCUUCAGCGGCUGGAGGGCGUGCCAAGUAUGGCGGCGCUUGCUAUCAUGGUGGUUGAAGAAGUGCUCGUGUAUACCUACCCUGGCCAAGCACCUGAGCUGGAGGUCAUGCUUAUGAACCUGCAGGCGCUCCCAGAAGCACCGGCGGCAUCAGCUGUCAGCGCCAUCAUGCAGCGCUGGCUGCCGGCGGGGGCUUCGGAGGCGCCAGCUGCGUCUCGCCGGGACAGCUCUCAGCUGCAGCACUGGGUGGAGGAGCAGACCAGCAGCCUGCGGCUCCAGGGCGAAUAUUGCCAGCGCGAGCUCCAGGACUUCGUGGCGGCGGCAUCGCUGUCAGAUGCGGGCGAGCGCUGCCGCCUAGCGCGGCGCGCGGCGCGCGAGCUGCACCAACUGCAAGCUUGCUGUGCGCACUUGGCCGCGUCAGCCGUCGACGGCCUGGCGGCGGCGGGCUGCGCGGCCGCCAGCGGUGCCGUGCUCCGUUCGACGGACCUGGCAGCGAAGGCGCGCCUACUGCAGAGGGGCUGCACCGCCGCCGCCGAGGCCCUGGCGCUGCCGGCGGGUGUGGGCGAGCUGGCUGCGGCGUACGACACCAUCGCCGGCCGGGUGGAAGAGCAGUACGUGGCCCUGGUCAAGUCGGUGGAAAUGAUGGAGCACCAGAGCCUCGUCUUUGCGGUCGCCAGCCUGUACAGCAAGCCCAUCUCCACGGUCGCCGGCCUGCUGCCCAAGGUGCUGCGCUCGGUCCUGGCGCGGGUGGCGGAGCAUGAACAGCGCGAGGCGCUGCACCGCAUCGCCGCGAGCCUGCUGCUGCUGGCUGGUGUGUGGACCUGCGAGCUGAUGGUGCCGCAGGGCCUGCGCGCGCCGCAGCAGGGCGCAGUUGGGCCGGACGUGACGCGCUCCAGCCUGUUCCAGCUCCAGGCCCUGUACAGCGCCAGAGACGUGCUGGAAGAGCGCAGCGAGGGCAAGGCGCGACUCUUGCUGCAGACCUUUUUGAGGGACCGGGCCGUGCUGUGCCACUCAGAGCUGGUCGACACGCUGUCAGGCCUGAUGGCGCAGCGCCCGGGCGUACCGCUCUGCGAGCCCUUUCCUACCGCUGGGAGCCUCCUGGCUUCAACUGCUGUCGGCGCCGCCCUGCGUGAGGCGGGUGCCGACGCGCUGCUGGCCCACCGCCCGCUGGCGUUUGCCUGGUUGGCGGCGCUGCUGUGCCCUGCUGGGCCGCGCUGGCCGGCUGGCGCGGUGUUGUACCUGGAGAGCAUCUUGGCCAGCCAGCCUGGCCACCUGCCACCCGCUGCUUCGCUGCUGGAUGGCAGCACGCCCCUGGAGCUACGCAUUCUGCACCAGCCGGCGGCGCGGCGCCAGUCGGAGCACGAUGGUGUGAAUCUGUUGCUAAUCGCCGGAAGCGGUGACGGCAUGGUCGUCUGCCAGCUCGUGACCGUUGGUCACGCUUCGCCGGCUGCGCAGCGCUACUUGGACGCGGCCGUACGACACCUAGCUGCGCAGAACGUGCACGUGCGUGCCCCGGACCCGCUCUGCCUGGACCUUGAAGCUCUUGCCGCUGGUGCUGCCGCCCGUGGGGGCCAACCCGUAGAUGACCAGCAGGCCCAGGACCUGGCAGUCUGUGGCCUGGUGGCGCUGGUGAUGCUGUCCACAUGGUGGCCAGCAGCAGCAAAUGGCCGCCAGCGCGGAAGCGCUGCAGGCAGUGGCACCAGCAGCCUCGGCAUUACUGAUGUCGCGGCCGCCGCUGCUCAGCAGCUGUGCGAGCAGGCGCGGGCGCUGUACUCCGGCCUGGUCAGCGGCCUGCGGCAUCUGCCCUUCAACCCGCGCCUAAAGCUGCUGCAGCGUGUCUCCCAACAUGCAGCUCUGGGAGAAAAGCCGCGAGCUCCGGAGCUGUGCGACGCGGUUUGCCAACAGCUUGCCCUGGCCCUAGAUGCCUGGGCCAGUGGCGGGGCAGCGGGGCGCUGCUCAAGGCGGGCGCGCCUGGAGCAGCUCUGCAGUGCCUCACGCAUCUUGUCCAGCCUGGACGCCGUCUGCGCACUGAGAGGCCUGAUGCAGGAGCAUGCCGAUGGCGACGCCGCAUUUGCUGCGGCGAGGGGCUUGGCGACGCGCAUGCGGAAGAUGCUGGUGGGCUUUACACAUGCCGCCGAGGCGGCCGCCAGCCGCGCAGCUGAUGCCCAGCUCGAGUACAAGCACGCAAUCACCGUCACCCAGGCGGUCAUGUCUGCAUACCAGGCUGUGCUGCGCCGGGGCCUUGUCAUUGAUGCGGCGAACGGGAACAUCCACAGCCGCCUGACAGCACAGCAGCUAGCCGAGUGCGAGCGGCAGCUGCGGGAGGCGGCGAGUGACUUGGGGCUGUCGCAGUCUAGCCAGGACAAUACCUUGGGACUGGCUAGACUGCUUGCAGAGGAGGAGAUGCAGGCGUUGCUGCUCAAUGCCUCACGCGACGGUGCUGAAGCUGGCGCUAGCAUGGGUGGAGCGCCGCGGGGCGGAGCGGGCGAUGGAAUGGAUGACACCGAUGGCGGCAGCGGUGUACAGCGUACUACGGAUCCUCGCGCACUGCGGCGCCGGCACCUGGAGCAGCGUGUGUCAGACGGCGUGCAGAAGCUGCAAGGCCUGCUGCAGCGGGCGCGGCGGCUGUGCCCCGUCCCCAGCAACCUGCUGGCGGAGGGCCUCAAGCUGCUGUCGGCACUGCGGGCGGUGGACGCGGGCAAGUGCGACGCGCUGCACCUGGAGGAGCUGCUGUACGGUGUGCCACGCGUGCUGAGCUCGCUGGAGGCGUACGAGGCGAAGCUGCAGGCGGGAGACCCGUUGCUGGGCAAGCUGAAGCCUGUGGCGCGCGCUCUGGAGGCAGAUGAAUGCGACCUGGACGCGGCGUCCUGGGCCGCGGCAGCAGAACCUGCCACAGCGGCCGAACUUACCGACCUGCGCACGGCAGCGGUGGCCCUACGCCGCAUGCUUCCGGACAGCGAGACCAACGCUGCUGCGGCCACAGUUGGCCUUGAGCACUUUCUCGGCGUCUUGGACAGCAGCAUGCGGUCCGCUUGCUGGGAGGAGCUGCUGCAGCUGCUGCGAGAGGCCGCUGCUGACUCCUCAGCUGGAGAGGCGCGCGCAGCUGAGGUGCGUGCCGCGCGGCAGGCCAAGCUGUCGGCGCUGGCCGUCGUGCUCAGUAACGAGCUCGGCGUGGAGUUGCAGGCCGUCAGCGCACCUGCACACGGAGGAGACCGCACCGCGGCAGAUACCAGCGGAGCCAGCAGCUGCACAGAGCCACCGGCAGUGCCUGGGGUGUGCCUGGUGGACAAGGCGCUAGCUGAGUAUGCGGCGUACAGACGCGAGCUGCUGGUGGAGGGGCCAGCGCAGCCGCCCGGCACUGCUGCGGGCCCGCUGGCGGCCAAUGACUUCCCGGGUGUGGCGCAGCUGUACUCCGAUGCCUGGGCGGAGGUGGCGCCUGACUCGGACUGGGGCCUGCUGCGCCUGUUCGGCAAGUGCCGGCGGCUGCAGGAGCAUGCAGGCGGCAUCAGCGGCCGCUUGGGCAGCUACUUCAAAGGUCUAGCGGUUCACAUCCUGCCGCCCAGCCUGCAGCCGGCGGACCUGGCGUGCGCCUUCGCGCCUGGACACGUGCGGGGGCUCGUGAACCUAGACACCGGCGCGGCGGCAGAUGAACCCGCAUCCAUGCCUUCACGGACGCAAGCCACCAUCGAAGCACCUGCGCAGCUCCAGCCGUACCUGCUGCGUGGUACCCCGCUGGACGCGCUCCUGCACGACCUGCCCAGCCUCGCUAUAAAAGCGGUUGCGGCUGGCGGCGCGCCGCUGCGGCAGGAUGGACCUGCCGCGGGGCUCCGAGGGCAGGUCAAACUGUCAGCGCUGUGGUUGCAGCUGGCACUGGCGGUGGCCGAAGCUCUCGACACAGGCCGCCUUGCCGGCGAUGUAUGCUUGCGGCCGAGGCAGCUGCAGGGUGACGCCGAGGAGGUAACCCAUCUUCAGAAGGACAUUCAGCAGCUUGAGGCCCAGGCCGCGGAUGCACGGCUUGAAUCGGCACAACUGCGCGCAGAACUGGGCAGGGCGAGGGCAGCUAUUGCGGAUUCUCGCACAGAUGAGGCGCGCUACCGCCAGCUCGGCCUCUCCAUUUACGGUGGUUCGGCGUCAGGCUCGGCUGCGGCACAAAACCGCGUGCUGGUGCUGGAGGGCGACCUUGCGCGCUCUGAACAGAAUGUAGUCAUGAACCUAGAGCGUGCGGGUGAGCUGCGGCUGCGGCUGCAGCAACAUGAGCAGCAAGUGAAGGAGCGGCAUGUGGCGCGCCUCAACACGUGCUUCUCGGCUCUGAAGGACACUGUCCACCAGCUGUCGCGCAGUGUUCAGGCUGCAUGCGGGCUCCCCGACGGCAAUGGUGCGCCGUCAUCGUCUGCUAUCGCAGCACAGCUGCUGGCGCUCGACGUAGCACUGGCUGUAACUGGUAGCGACGGCGGCCGCCAGCCUCUGGCGGAGCUUCUGCCAUCGCUCCACGCUGCCUCCGCGGCCGCCGCUCGGCAGCUUGCGGACCUGGGCGCGCUUGUCGAGGCCUCAUUCCCGGCGGCCCACCCCGCCGGGCGGGCGUUGCUACACGCUGGCAAGCUGUUGGCUGCCGGCACGCUGCAUCUGACAAGCAGCAGCGCCGCGCUGCUUAAGGUCAGCGAGCGGGAGGAGGACCUGCAGCCACUGGCCGAGGGCGGCCGCCAGCUGGCGCUGGAGCUUGAGGAGCUGGUGCAGCCGCUGCUGCAGCUGCAGCCGCCUCCAAGCUCUACCACAGUCGUGCGGGCUGUCAGUGGGCUGUGUGCGCAGCUGGAUAGUGCUUGCAGUGGCGGUGUUGCCACGACGGUGGCUAGCCUCAUGGCCGCCGCGGAGCAGGGCCUGGGUGCGGACUCAGCAGCCGCUUCCUCACUGCAAGCGGUGCGGUCUUUCCUGGCUCGCCUUACUGUGGCGGCCACCCGCAGCGCCUCCCUCGCCGACCCCAACGACCCAGACCUUGCGGCGCUGUGGUCGGAUGUGAGGCAACGCCUAGCCGCUGCGUGCGGCGGCGACUCCGGUGCGGCGCUGGCGGCAGCCGACCGCCUCACGCUGCAGGCGCACCUGGAGCGCUGCGCGGACGAGCUGCCGUGCAUGCUGGAGGCUCUGCGGUGCGCGCCACUGGCCGCCGCCUUUAGCUUCGUCGGCAACCCGGUGGCCCUGGCGGAGGCCGCGGAGGGCCACAUGGAGCGGCUGGGCAGCGCCUUCCUGGAGCCCUCGUACCUGGUGCGUCACGUGCACAAGGCGCUCACCAGGCUGGUGGGCUCACGCCUGGAGGCAGCCGAGAUCACGGCCGCCACAGCACCCGUGCGGGCGCAAACCACGCAAUACCAGAGCGACGAUGAUGCGUUGGGCAGCCGCAGCACUACCGCGCAGCGCCUGCUUGCAGUGGUGCGGUUGCUAGAACCCGUGGCGCAUGUCAAUGUUGCAGACGGCGGAGACGCAUACCUGGCGGCUGUGUCCGGCGUAGGCUGCGGAACCGUGCCCAGCAGCGGCCCGCCAGCGUUGGAGCAGCUUGACCUAAAGCUGAAGACCCUGAUAGAGCAGCUGCUGACAACGGCGCCGAUGGGCCAGCCAUCCCAGGACGGCGGCGCCGCGCCGCAGCGAGGCCUGGCCUCAAUGGCAGAGCGGAUGAGCUUGCUGCGCACGUUGCUGCUGCAGAGCCUGUUCACGGCAGGCGUGGGCGUCGUGUCUGCCCGCUUCUUCACCAACUCGGAUCGCUGCGUCUCAGAGCACCUGCGGGACCUGGAGCGAGUGGAUGCCCACACGGUGUGGGUCCCCGGUGACAGCGGCAGCAUAGCGGAUGGCGAUGCAGCAACACCUGACGCGUCAGCAGGCGGAGCUGGCGAGACGGCCGGACCUGAUGCAGUCCUCUCUUCACCACCUGCCAGCGACAGCUCUGCCAACCGCAGCCCCAGCCUCAACUGGGCCGCGUUGCAGCUGUGCGGCACGCACCACCUGCCAGCACUGGAGCGCAUCCUGCAGCAGAAGCUUCAGGCGGCCACCAGCGGCAGCGCAUCAGCAGUCGCGACCGUGGGUGCAGCGCUGCCGGCGGAGGUUAGCACGGCGCUGCUGCAGUGGGAGACGCACCAGUCGCUGCUCUACCAUGGCCUGCAGGGCGCCGGCGAACUGCUGCGGGCGCUGUACACCUACUGCCCGGAGGCAUUGCGCGUGUCGCACUUGGUGUCCGAGUACGCUCAGUACUGCGAGGCGGGGCUACAGCUGAUGCGGUCGCCGCUGUCAGCGAUCGGCCAGGCGCAAGGAGCGCCAAGCGGUGGCGCCGCGACGCUUAGCUCCGGGCAGCAGCUGCUGUCACAGCUCCUGGCCCUUGAGGAGUGGAGCUUCGGCCAAGUCGGGCGCCUGUUGUGGCAGCAGCUGCUAGAGGUUGACGCCACCGCCGGCGAGCUGGUGAAGCAUCAGCUACUGGAGCUGGAGCAGCAUAGCGCAGUGCUGCUCGAUGAGUGGAAGGCCGCUGGCAUGAAGCUUGUGGAGGAGCGGCACGAUGACCGCAUGGCUACCAUCAGGAGGGCUAGGGAGAAGGCUGAGGCGCUGCAGCGCGCCUACAGAGAGCGCCGGCAACAGGCCGUUACAGACCUGGCGGACCUUCGGCGCAGAGUCCGGCUGGCAGACGAGCUGACGGCGGCAGGGCUGCAGCAGCUCCACAUCGCAGCCGUGGGCCGCACCAUGCCACGCUCCCUCGUGGUGAAGCUGUCGCAACAGCUCUCGGACAAUGCAGCGGAGCUCCAGUGCCUCCAUGCCGCCACACAGACAGUCUGGGCGGGCCUUGAGUCAUCCCUUCGUGGCGGCGGUGACGGCGCAGCAGCUGCAGCCACGGCCCUGCUGGCCUGCGUGCCUGUCCACGAGCGCCGCUUCAAGCGGUACCCAAGGGUGGUCACCUUGACCAGCUCCAUGCUGCCGGUGUUGUUGGGCGACAGCGCCGCGGAUCUGGAGCGAGUGGUCAGUGUGGAGCUCAGUGUUCGGGGCGGUGUGCUGCUGGGCGAAACGGAGAUUCAGGUCCCGCAAACAUUCAGCAGGCCUGCCAUGUGGCUACAUGUUGAUGCCGAGGUGCAAGACCCCGACGAGUUUGCUGUGGAGUGCACGCUGUUGUGCAAGCGCGCCAAGAACGCGGCGCCGGCCAAGGCGCCUAAGACGAGUCUGUUAGCGCGAGCAUUAAAGGCAGUGGCGUCGUACGCCCAGGCAGCCAUGGGUUUCAAGGAGGAGGAGAAGUAUGUGCUAGUGCCACCGCAGCAGCCGUUGACGCUUCACGACAUGCUGGAUGGGGUUGGCCCCAGCAACGGCGGCAGUGAGCCAGGCUUGAGGCUGCGGUGCGCGGGCGACUCGUGGAUGGCGCUGGACGUGCGGCCCAGCAUGGAAGCACUCUGGGCGCCCGACCUGCAAGCUGACGCAGCCGCAGCGGCUGACGCGUUCCGGCCGUCUGCAGAAGCGCUCCGAGCGAUAAGAAACGACGAGCCGCUGGGAGAGUUCAUGGCAUCAGAGCGCACGGACAGCAGCGGCGCAUGGAUGCCUGGCGAGUGGCGCCUUCCUCAGAUCAGCGGCCUCAACAAGAUGGUCAUGGGCGCAUACAAGCAAACACAGUCGAUCUUGACUGCUCUGAGGCAGCCGCCGCCACCUUCCACUGAACUGACGAGCGCACAUCUGGACGCUGACAAGGUCACGGACGAGGAUGCGAUGCGCAGCAACCGCCACUUCAACUUCCUGCAGCGGCACCAGGCGGCGCUGAGGAAGGAGGUUCAGACGCUGUGCGGCCUGCGCGUGACGUGCGCAUUCUCUGUGGCACUCGCACCGCCCACGGCAGUGGCAGGCGCGGGUGUGGAGCCCAGUCUGCAAGACGUGUGGCGCAGCUGCGAGCACCUGAAACAGCAGCUGAUGAAGGGUGACCACACGGAAGGCAUCCGGCGCCUGACCGCCCUAGCGCAGGAGGCGGCUGCAAUGCCGCCGCUGGAGCGUUACUCGCCCACCCACCCGCAGCCGCUCAGCCGCUGCGGGUCGCUCGCCAUGGCAGGCGUCUUUGAAAGGGUACGCGCCGGCUUCGUGCACAACGCCGUUGCGGGAGCUUUGGCCACGCCACCGUUGGUGCACCGCCUAAUGAGCCUGGCGGUGUGCGCGCUGGCGGCCACCGCGCGCUCAGAGCGGGAGCUGGGCGCGGCACAGGAGCAGCUACAGCUUGCGGAGAAGGUCCUGGAAAGCCUAGCAGCCGGCCUGACCCACAGCUCCAGCAGCAUGCUGCAGGUCAGGCAGACGUCCUACAUCGUGGCUGUCGCCAAGGAGAUCCUGAAGCGCAAGCUGGCAGCGCUGGCGAGCUUACGCAGGAGCCGUGAGCUGCUGAGCCGCGAGCUGCGGCCCGCUGCCCAGCCUGCAGUUGUGCUGGCGGCGCUGCGCAAGGCGGUGCGCGGGGCGGAGGAGCUGACGCUGCAGCUGCUGGCAGAGCACAGCGGCGGUGGCGGGCUGUUCUGGGCGGGCGGCGGCGCCGAGGCGGCACUACUGGAGUUCGGGGACGUGCUUCUGCGGAGUGGCAAGUCACUGCCCGUCCGCAUCAUCAACAGCAGCGACCGGAACGUAGAGCUGCGAGUGCUGUUGCUUGGGGGCGCUGCCGGCGAGAGCAGCGCCGCGGUGGCUAGCGGCGAGUCCGGGGCGGCCUUCCGGGUCGUGCCAGACCGCGUGCACCUGUCCGCGCAACGGGCUGCCGUCCUCAACUUUGCCAUCGACAGCAGCUGCGCGGCGGCGGCGGUGCCGGGUGUGCUGAGUGCCGCCUUCCAGCUGUUCAGUCCACUGGUGGGCGAGGCGCUGGUGCUGCGGUGCCGCGUGCGGCUGCAGGAGCUGGCGGUGGCGCUGGCACCCAGCGAGGCCCUGGACUUUGGCGUGGUGACCACCCGCACGCAGCGCAGUGCCAAGGUCGCUAUGACCAACCAGACCGGUGUGCCGCUGCGGGUCAAGGCGGAUGUGGUCGGAAGCCCAGCAGACCCGGAGGCAGCGGAGGCGGCCCGCGCCGCCAGCGGUCCCAGCGUGCGCAUAAGCAGCAGCUGCGACGUGCUCCCGCCUUAUGCGACGGAGACCCUGGAGGUGACGCUGGAGGCGGGCGCUGUAGACGUGCCAUCGCUCUCCUGCUUCGCGCUGGCGCUGGCAGUCAACUCCAGCACGCGGCAGUAUCGCCUGCCGCUCGCGGGCAGCGUGGUGCAGCCGCGCUACCAGCUGGAGUGGCUGGACGAACGGCUGGACGGCGCCGUGACUGCCACAUCGUUGCGUGCCGGCAGCUGUGUAACGGGGCCCGCCAUUCAGCCCGGGGAGCAGCACGGUCUGCGGCUGGCGCUGCGCAACACCGGUAGCGUGCCAUUCAACUUCUGCCUCAGCUCAGGCGGCGCGCAGCUGCAGGUCAGGUUGGCAGCGUCUGGAGCUGCGCCCGCCAGCUCUCGUGGUGGCGGUCAAGCCAGCACGGCCCCAUCCGGCAGCAGCUACAGCGCCCAGGUGCUGGCCGGGGGCUGCGCGCAGCUCGAGCUUGUAUGCAUGGGCCCCGCCGAGGCCGCCCGCCUCCGCGCCUCGCAGCAGCGCGUGGAGUGUGCGCUCACCGUGUCAGGCCUGGAGCCCGCAACCUUCGCGGUGGAGUGGCUCGUGGCGGUAGGGCAGCUCCGCCUGGCGCCCGGCGCCCUGGGCGCGCCGGUGAGCUUUGCCCUGCGCCCCGCGAACGAGGCGCAGCUGGAUGCCUGCUACGAGGGCGGCGUGUUCAUGGGCAUUCCGGCCGUGCUGCGCGCCCAGAACACUGGUCAAGUGCCGGUCCGGCUGCUGGGCUUGGACAGCGGCGACCGCGUGGAGUGCGUCAGCCCCGCGCUGCCGCUGACGCUGCAGCCGGGUGCCGCUGAGCAGGAGAUCAAGCUGCGGCUGCGGCGGUCGGUGGUGCUGGACAUUAUGCGGCGCAUGGGCUCCGCCGAUCCCGGCACCUCGUUUGGGCUGGAUGUGCACACCAGCAUUCACGGCAGUGGCAAGCUUGCGCUACGGUGCCAGGUGGCCAUUGCGAUGCCGCGCCUGCAUCCACAGCCAGACCACCACAGCGUGUCGCUCCGCCCCGGCGACCGCAAGGCGCUGUCGGUAGUGGUGAGCAACCGCGGCACGGCGCCGGGCGUGUUCUUCAUCUGGGCAAAAGAGCCCCCGCCGCAAGGCCAGCAGGCUCAGCAGUCGCAGGCCGGAGGGACGCCCGCGGCAGCUGCUCAGUCGGGCGGCGGCGGGCCGUUAUCGCUGGUGCUGAAGCGCGGCAAACAGGUGGUGCUGGCGCCGGACAGUAGCAUGGACGUGCUGCCGGAGAAGUUCGAGGUGCACCCCAAUCGCGACGUUUCCUUCGAACUGACGGUGUCGAUUGCAGAGGACGCUGUGCCCGGCACCAUCGAGCUGUAUGUGCAGGUCCAGAGCUGCGAUGAAGUCCAGCUUGCCUCUCGGACGGCCGGCAGGCGCAUUACCAUCCCGGUGCGCGUGGAGGUCGCCGCUCCGGGCGCUGCGAAGGACGCCAAGAAGUCCAAGGCAGCGACACAGAAACAGUCUGCAGGCGCCACGGCCCAAGCCAGGGACACGACGGGCGCAGCGGCGCCGCCUGCGCUGCCCCUGUCGCUGCUGCCGCUGGAGGUGCUGGUUACAGCUGCAGAGAACAGCCCCGGCGACUGCGCUAGCCUAGUGGACAUAGUGCUGCCUGCUGUGGCGGUGGUGGGCUGCGGUACACAGGCAGCGGAUCCCUGCCUGUACGAGGCGCUCCAGGAGGGCUUUCGCGGCUUCGGCAACGUGUGGGAGAACAUCGCCAGAAAGGCGGUGGAGCUGUGCGGCUGGACGGUGGGGACGCCGCCGACCGAUGCCGAUCAGCAGCGCAAAGACGGCGCUGCAGUAGUCGAGCACGUCAAGUCCCUCCUGUCUAGCCAGAAGCACGCUGGCGACAUCGCUGGAUCCCUACGCAGCCGCGGUGGUGACGGCACACUCAGCGGGCCGCAGCUUUCGCUGCUGGGCGCAGUGGAGCGCCUCUACGCAAGCACGCAGCUGCAGGACGGCUUGCAGGCGUCCGCAGCCCACCUGGCGGAUCAGGCGCCGGCGCUGGGGCUCCAGUGCGGCGACGAGCUGGCCAUGGCUGUCAGCGGCCUCGCCAGCCGCCAGCCGGCGCCGCACUUCAGCUGGCGUGCGGUGUCGGACACAGCCAAAGAGGCGCUGCAGCGCUGUGGCGUGGAGCUGGCCCCGCCAGAGGCAGUGCUGCUGGCGACGCUGCGGGCGGCCGACACGCUGGCGGUGGCCCUCAUGGCCGCUGCCGGCCGCACAUCGGCUGUUAGCGCUGUCCGUUAUGGCGCUGCCGCGGCUGCCGUUCCCGAACCCUUGGUCGGGCAUGACGGUCUGAUGGCGGCUGCACGGGAGCUGGCGGCGGCGCUCCCGGCUGGGCCAGCUGUGGAUGUCCUGGGCGUGCUGCUGGGGCUGACCGGAAGCAGCAGCACAAGCGGUAGCAACGGAAGUACGGACGGCAGCAGGGGCGCUUCGGACGGCGGCAGCAGCUCCCUGAGUGGCAGUAGCUCCAGCGGCGGCGGCAGCUCUGGUGGUGACAGCAGCAGUGAGGAUGGCGGAGAGAGCCAAGAGCUUCCGGAGGAGGUCAGGAAGCUGCUCCCCAACGCUCUGUGCGAGAAUGCAGAGCUGCUGGCCACCUCGCAGGACGCACAGGUCGUGCUUGCGUCUGCCCUUGAAGUGGUGCUGCGCUAUGCCGCCUGCGCCUCCUCGCUGCCCGAGCCCGAAAGCACGCGCGAUGAUGCCAACGCGGCAGCUGCAGCCAUAGCGGCCGCCGGCGCCGCGCUAACAGGGCUGCACGGCCUCGGCCGCCCGCGGAAGCAAUUGGAAGCGCAAAAACUGCUGCUGAGCCUGGCUACAAGUCUCUGCGGCACUUCAUCGAAGCCAGCAGCCGCCAAGCUCGUAUCGUCUGCUGUGGCGCAGCUGGUGUGCCCCAUCAUGGGGUCGCACUUACAACAGCUCCUGGCCCCCAACGCCAAGCCUGCCGACAUCGUCUUGGGCGCCGCAGCCGCAGUUGGAACGGCGGCACUGGACAGCGCAACAGCUUACAUCUCCGGUGACGAGGCUCAGGAGCGACUGCACAAGACCUUCAUCCACAUGCAGAAGCGGCUAGAGACCUUUGUGAGGUCUGAGGAUUUCAAGGACGCGGAGCUCUGGUCGCAAGAGAAACGGCGGGGUGCGGCAACCAAUGUCCUGAAGGCCGCCUUCAGCUUCGCCACCAGCAAUGAUACGUUGAAGGCGAUGCGAGUGUUUAUGAAGGCGGCUCACACUGGUAACCGGCAGUGCGCCAUCCAGGCGGCCACCGCGGCUGUGUGCGGCGCGGCUGCGAAGACGCUGAAGGAGGAGGCGGUGAAGGGCCUGGGCGUCCUGCUGAUGGACCUUGCGGCUCUGGCUGAGGCCGGUGCAUCCUUCCGGGCUGAGGACCUGCUGGCAAAAUGCGCCGAGCUUGCGGCUUGCCUGCCAGCCACCUCACAAGCAGCUGGCGGCUUCAGCCGGCAGCUGGCUGGCCGCGUGCGCGAAUCGUGGUUGGCCUACGUGCGGCAGCCCAGCGGCAAGACGGCGCUGGUUGCGGCCCGAGCCGCCGCAGAGCUGGCCGGCAACGAACCUGGCGCCCUGGCUAUGCAGGCCGUGGCGGAGCUCCGCGAGUUGCGCGUCACCCCGCCGGGCCUGACCGACGUGCUGAGGCACACGGCGCCGGAGCACCUCACAAAGCCGCUGCUGGACGCCCUCGGGGAGCUGCGCAGCCUGCGGCUCGGGCCCUCAUCGGCAGCGAGUGGCGGCAGGGCGGAAAGCGCAAGCAGCAGCGGCGGUAGCACGGGAUGCGGUAGCCUUGUCAACCUGUCGCCGCUGUCCGCCUUCAUUGCUGCCACAAUCGCGGCUGGUGCGAGCCAGGUCACGCCGGCUCAUGCCGCCGCCGUGGGCAGCAUCUGCAGCAUGCUGGCCGGAGCGCAGGCGGCGGCGCGGCUGCAGGCGCAGGCCGGGCAGCAAGCCACCUGCGACCUCAUCACAAGCUGCCGGGACACAGUGGCUCGCACUGCCGCUGCAGUCGAGGCCGGUGCAGGCUCGGCGGCUGCUACAGCCACAGCUACCUCCGCAGCUACAGCCACGCGGACCACAGCUCCGCAUGCGAGUACCACCAGCAUCACCACCAGUCAGCUGCUGCAGCACCUGGCGGUCAGCCUGGCCAUGGCCGACCACAGCCGUGCGCCCGAGCACCUGCGGCGGCUCGCGCUGGUGUCGGUGCUGGUGACCUGCUUCAAGGCGGCGGCCGAGAGCAGCCGUAUGGGCGCAGACUCAGCAGCGGCCCCUGCGACUGCCGCGGCAGAGGCGGGGCACACGCAAGCGGCUGCUGGGAACGAACAGCCUGAGAAGCAGCAGCAUGCUGAGGAGGAGCUGCAGGAGGAAACGACUUAUGCUGGGGCAGGAGGGUCUCCCGGUGAUACCCGCACCGAGCCGCAUGCCCGUGGCGGAGCUGAAUACGGCGACCAGGAGGAUGCUGCGACUGGCGACAACAAUGGUGGCGACGGUGCAGAGGAUGGAGGCGGCAUUGCCAGCAGCGCAGCUAACGGCGAUGCGAGUGGCGAGGCGGACGCCGCCGGCCGAGAUGCACGUGGCAGUGCGAGUGGCUCGGCAUUCACUGCUGGCAGCGAGGACGGAGGGGCCGGGGGUAUGGCCGCAGUUGACGCGGGCAGUGGUGGUGCACCUGGUGCGGGCGUAUUGGGCGCGAGUGCAGGCAGCGGCGUGGAGGCCAGUGCGGAAGGCACGACAGGCACCGGUGGCGGAUCAUCGCGCCGCGUGGUGGAUGCUAACAAUGCAGCCGGCGCCGCCGGAAAGGCCACAGCCACUGGAGCUGAGGCAGGAACCAGCUGCCUGCUGGCGGCAGCUCCUCCUGCGAAUGCAAGUGCAGAGUCAGGGCCCAGCACCCCGCAGCCUCAGUGCACCAGCACGGCCACGGAAGCGGAAGUGCCUACCGAUUUCAUCGGCACCCCCUCGGAUGCGGACCCAGCGGCGCAGCCGACCGAUCUCGCCUCUACAUCUGUGCACCUGACCAGCAGCGCCGCCGCCAGUAGCGCCGCUGACAGUGAGGCAGAGCUUACGGACGAUGACGCGGGCGCCGGCGGCAGCACCUCGCUCAGUGGCGAUAGCGGCCCCACGGCGACAGCAGUCAGCCCAUCGCGACUGCACAAGCGCGGCAAGGCGGGCGCGGCUGCCGCUGCCACGCAGCUGCCGGGCGCCGAGCGCCUGCGGGCUGACCUGCAGGCCACCCUGCAGGGCUCCGGCCCGCUGUUGGUCCGGCUGCGGCAGCAGCUGCAGGCGCAUCUGGAGGCCGGCGCCUUCGCGGGCGCGGCCGCAGCAGGGGCAGGUGCAGCGGCAGGGGUGGGUGCGGCUGACGUCAGUGGUGAGGGCCAGGAGGCCGACGAUGCAGCAGACCGGCACGUGAGCCUGGUGGCGGUCGUAUCCGAGCUGCGCGCCACAUGCAACCGCCUCGGCGGCGCCUACCACGGCGCGGUGCGGCUGGCGCAGGGCGGCGCGGCGCAUCUGGUGGGCCAAGACGCGGCACAGGAGCUGGUGCAGCAGAUGUGCGCCGCGGUGGCGUCGGUGCAGGCUCUGCGGCUGCUGGCCGGCCCCGCCAUGCGCGCUGCGGUGGAGCGGGCGCUGGCGGAGGAGGACGGCGCGCUGCGGCGGGCGCUGGGGCAGCUGCUGCCGCACCUGGAGCCGGGCGUGCAGCGCGAGCUCCGGGCCACACUGGGCAUCAAGGCCGCCCGUGAUGCGGACGGGCCUGACGACUUCGACGCAGCCUUUGAGGAGGCCGGCAGCAAUGGAGCGGGUGCCGGCGGCGCCGGGCGCCACGUCGUGUCUGACUACUUCUCGGGCCGGGGCGAUUUGGAGCUGAUGGCGGCGCUGCGGGAUCGGGACGAGGGCGGCAGCGGAGUAGGAGGCAGCGCUGCUGACGUGGAGGCGGGUGCAGGCGGCGACCCCACGGCGGCGAUGCUCGCCGAGCUGAUGGAGCGUGAGGCGGCGGCGGCCGAGGGGCGGUCCGGCCCGGUGGCCAAUGAAGAGCUGGAGUUGCUAGACCGUGAGAUCAUCUUUGAGGAGUUCCUGGGCGAUGAUGAGGACGGCGCGGCGAAGUCGGCUGCCCGCGGCGGUGGCACCGGCAACACGCCCAACCGCGACGGCCGCCGCGGCCUAGGCUCCACCGCGGACGUCAUCCGAGCCGCCCUGCGCGGUCAGCGAGGGCGCCAGGGCCGGCAAGCAGGCGGCGGCCACAUGGCGGGCGGCAGCCUAUUUGACGCCGCCACCGCCUCCUUCGAGGUGUCUGCUGGCCCCAGCCCCGAGGACUUGCAGCUGCAGAGCAUCGCCGCCAGCGUGCGCCUGGACCCGCGCGUGCGGGAGCAGCACCUGCGCAACUGCAAUAUCGCCGAGCUGUACGCCAAGACCGGCACCGGUCACCGCCAGGAGCUGCGGCCCGAGGAUCUGGCGGCGGCGGGCCGCGCGCCCGACCUGUCGGCCGUGGACGCGGCGGCGGCGGCGGGCGGGCAGCGGCUGACGUACCAGCGGCUGGUGGAGGCGCCCAGCCUGGUGCGCGCGGUGGACAUGGUGGUGCAGGCGCUUCGCCAGCAUCAGCAGCACCUCUACUCGCGCGUGCUGCCCGGCUGCGAGCCACCCCGCUUCGAGUUCUGCCUGCUGCUGGACAACAGCGGCAGCAUGGUGACCAAGUCGCACGGCACCAAGCUCGCCACGGCGCUGGUGAUGGAGGUGCUGCGCCGGCUAGAGGCGAGGUUCGCGGUUGUCAGCUUCGGGCGCAAGCAACGGGUGCUCAAGUCUUUGGACUGGGCGUUUGACGCGGCGGUGGGGCAGUUCGUGCUGGAGUCGUUCACGUACGACGAGGGCACCUACCCCGCCACCGCCUGCGACUUCGUGGCGCAGACGGUGUUCAGGGAGGCCGUGCCGCCCGAGCGCCGCGCCGCGCACCGCCGCACCAUCCUCAUGGUGCUGGACGGCCUGACCAAGGAGGAGGUGCCCGAGGACUACAAGUCCGCGCUGCAGCCGGGAGGAAUCGACCUGCUGGUCCUCAACAUCAAGGACAAGAGCCAGGAGGCGCUCAUGCCGCGCAUCACCAGCCUGCUGCGCGACAUCGCCGCCGAGCACGAGGUGGUGGAGGCGGAGCACGCGGAUGCGCAGCUGCCGGCGCGCGUGGCGCAGCUGCUGUCGCGACACUUUGCACGCAUGGUGCGGGACAUGUCCUCGGGCGUUCCCGCGCUCCCGGCCACAACUGCGCUCUCAGCAGCCCCAGCAGGCGGGGAAAGUGGCGCCGGCAGUCGUGCGACUCAGCCAUCAUUACUCCUCUCCACGGCCCUGGCGGACGGUGGCUCCGGCAACCCUCCCAGCAGCGGCGGACCUCCGCGCUUCACCCCCAUCCGCGAGUUCGUGGGCACCAUCACGCGGCAGAGCCUGGCCGCAGCCAACCUGGACCUGCCAAAGCAGCUCUUCACCGUCAGCCCGCCCGCGGCGCCCAUCCCCUUCCUGCAUGAGCUGGAGGCUGCCAUGUCGGCUGGUGCAGCUGGCGGCAGCUACGGUGGCGAGCAGGAGGAGCAGCGGCAGCAGGCGCUGGCGGAGGCGGUGCAGCGGCUGGCGAGCCAGGACCUGCCGGAGCAGCUGGCGGCGGUACGGCAGCGGCUGCCGGACGUGGCGGCGGCGGCAGCGGCGGAGUGGGAAGAGGCGGCGCGGCGGCUGGAGCCGCAGGUGGCGCGCAUGGGCGAGGUGCUGAUGGGCACCGUCAUGCCGCCCAACAAGGCCAACCGCCGCCGCGCCGCCCUGCGCGGCGCCAGCCUGCACAUCGGCGGCCUCAUCAAGGCGGUCGCCACCGACUGGAACUACAAGAAGAUCUUUUCUGAGCGCUGCCUGGGCAGCAAGCGCGAGUACGCGGUGGCCAUCGCGGUGGACGUGUCGCUGUCCAUGCACGGCCCGCUGGCGGCGUGCGCCAUGGACGCGCUGGUCACGCUGGUGGCGGCGCUGACGCAGCAGCUGGGGCGCGAGGACUUUGUGCUCCUGGCGUUCGGCAAGGACGUGCGCCUGAUCAAGCCCGCGGCCGAGCCCUGGGACGGCGCCGCCGCCUUCGCGCUGCUGUCGCAGAUGCGCUUUGACGUGGAGGCGGCGACGCAGGACGCAGCCGCCGUGGACGCGGCGGCGGCGCUGCUGCGCGCGCAGGCUCCACGCGGCGCGCCCAAGCGGCUGUUCGUGUUGACUGACGGGUACGGCAGCACGGGCACGCAGCUGGCGGCGGCGCUGGCGCGUGCGGAAGAGGCUGGCGUGGAGGUGGUGGGGCUGGCAGUGGGGCUGGAGCGCAGCCACGUGCCGCGCUGCUACUCGCGCUGGGUGCACGCCGCGCUGCCCAGCGAGCUGCCGGACGCGCUGGAAGCUCUGUACACCAGUGACGAGGCCGCGGCGGGGGCGGGGGCGAGUGGCGAGCAUGGCGAGGAGGGAGACGGCAGUGCGGCAGCGGACGCCGCGGCGGCGGAGUGGGCGGACUAAAGCGCUCUGCUGGCGGGUGGCGAGGACAACGUGGACGCCAUCUUGCGCAGCCAGCAGCGCGUCUUCGGCUCCAUCCUCGACAAGCUUGGUGAGUGGUAUUGUAGGGCGCCCCGAU